AUCGCACAAUGAUGUAGGGCAGACCGGGAUGUUUCAGCUCAUCCGCGAUCAUUCAUAUAGCAUCGGAGUGGUCAUCUCGCAUUAUUACACAAUGAUAAGACAUUUACAAUCAUAACGCAGGAUUGUCCAAAGAGCCAGUUCAACAUCCUGGACUGAAUUUACCACCGAAAUCAUCAUCAUCGUUUCCCGGUCGGUGGAGAGGAGCCCAGUGUAAACAUGAGCACCUGGAGCACUAAGCAAGCCCCGGACGGUGGAUGGGGUUGGGCCAUUGUGGUUGCCUCUUUCAUGGCUCAGCUCCUGGCCUAUGGUUCCCCCCAGUCAGUGGGGGUGCUCUACCCAGAAUGGCUGAACACCUUCCAGGAUGGCAAAGGCAUGACAGCAUUGGUCGGCUCUCUCGUGUCAGGGGUCGGUCUCAUUGCUAGUCCCAUCUGCAGUGCCUGUGUUGUGAAUUUCGGGGCCAGACCCGUGACCAUCUUUAGUGGGGUCAUGGUCUCCGGAGGACUUAUGCUUAGUGCUUUUGCACCCAAUGUUCAGUUUCUCAUAUUUUCCUAUGGGAUUGUUGUUGGACUAGGCUGUGGACUUGUUUAUGCUGCUACUGUAACCAUCACAUGCCAGUAUUUUGACAAGAGACGUGGUCUUGCUCUUGGCAUUGUUACAACAGGGACAAGUAUUGGAGGUUUUCUCUACGCUACUGUACAGAAUGAGCUCAUUGCACUCUUUGGACUCGACGGUUGCCUUUUGCUUAUUGGCUGUUUUUCGCUAAACAUCAUCGCCUGUGCUGGACUUAUGAGACCCCUGCACCUGCCGGCCUACUACCUGAAACAAAGAGCAGCGCUGGCCGAGAAGGCAGAGGAGAAGGUUCUGGAAAUUACUCCUGUUGUGGAGGACCCAAUCAAGAAAAAUCAGUCUGUCAACAUACUAAUCACAGGGCAGACAAAAGACCCUCCACCGUAUGAGAAGAGCCUCAUGAGUUACGUGGAGUUGAUGCGGCUCGUGAAGAAGAAGCAGAAGGAGUACUCUGAAUACUUGCACUCGACGGCGGAGCUGCUUCAGAACAGGGUCUUCUUGGCCACGUGCAUGUCUUUGUUCGCAUAUUGCUUGGGAGCUUACACUCCCCUUCUCUUCCUGGAGGAUUUAGCCCAGAGCGAGGGUCUGAUCAGCGGCAACAGCAUCAUCCCGCUGGUCUCCAUCAUGUCCAUUGCUGCUGGAGUGGGGAAGCUGCUGCUGGGAGUCAUGAUGGACAUCCGCUGGAUGAACAGCAUCUUUCUGUACGCCUUCACCCUGCUGGGAACAGGGGUGGCUCUUCUCAUAAUCCCUGUUACCAGGAAUUACGCUGGGCUGCAGGUCAUCUCAGCACUGCUGGGUUUCUUUUCUGGAAACUGGUCUGUCAUACCUUAUAUUACUACUAAGGUUGUGGGAAUGGAUCGUCUGACUGAGGCAUUUGGGAUCUUGAUGUUCUUCGGUGGAUUUAGUAUAAUGCUCGGACCACCAGUGGCAGGCUGGAUUUAUGACUGGAUGCACUCUUAUGACCUGGCGUUCUACUUCAGCGGGAGUUUCGUGCUGCUGGGAGGAGCUGGCCUUUUCCUUGCUGCCUUGUGCUGUCAGAACAAGAACCAGGAUGAAGCUAACAUGCCAGACACAGAAUGCAUUAAUGACUAUGACAAAGUGGCAACGGUUGCCUGAAGCACGCCUACAAGAUUAACUGCUGUUCAGCGGAUAAAUUCUCACCCCGUAAUUACAAAUAACUGAAAUGUACUUUACAUCAGUGUUUUGUACUCUUUUUACACUGAAGAAUUCUAGCAAAUGGUUAAAAGGACAGUCUUUUAACCAUUUGCUAGAAUUCUUCAGUGUAAAAAGGCUUGUCAUUUGUGGCGAUGGUGGAGUCCUCAUUGCCAUGUGUCACCAGUCUCAUAGAAACAAUGUUUUCAAAAGUUUUAUGAGAUGGCUGUAUUUUUUAUUUGUGUGUGUGUGUGUGUGUAGACGUGCAAGACAUUACACUGCAACGCUACACUGCAAAUAAAUAUCAUUUUUGUACUGGUUAACGCAUUCUGCAGGAUUUUUGAUGGCUGAUAAUGACUUGUGUUGAACCAAAGUUUUGGUUGUUGUUGGUUUAUUUAUUGUAUUUGAGUCUGUAAAUGCUGUUCAUAAGGAUCAGGCAGACAACAGGCGAACUGUCCUUGUAAGUUUAUGCCUUGUUUUCUAUGCCUUAUAAAUUUUUUUAGAUUUUCUUAGUGAUACAGACUGUAGUGUGUAGUUGAUUCAAAACUAAAUGCUAUAAAGAAAUAUGUAUCAGUUAA